AUGAUCUUAUCUACCUGUCAUAAACCUUUCAGGAAGAUCCGCCUUCGUCUGGAGGAGAUCAUUCCUGUCAUUGGAGCUAUCGAUGACGUUGACGCGCACGCCAACAUUCAAAGUCACCUCCCAGCAAAGCUCGAUGCCAUUGUCUCAACUACGGAGAACCCAGCGGACUACAUCCCGCAUUAUCAAAACACCAUUAAACUGCUCCGUACCCUCGGAGCCGCAAGUCUGUCAGCCGGCACAAAGUCGAUCGUUAUCUUCACUUCCGGAUGCAAGGAUUACGGCAUCGGCCCGCAUUUCGACGGAGCCCCGGGCCUGGCCCCACACACGGAGGAGUCCCCCAUCGGGGCCGUCUCCAUGCUCACCAACCGGGCCACGUACGCACAGAAAAUCGUUCAACACAGCGACGUCUUCACUCCGGUCCUCGUCCGACCUACUAACGUCUACGGACGUGCCUCCAGCUACUACCAAGCCUUCUUCAUCGUCGCUUCCAAGGCGGCCGCCGAAGGCAAGCCGAUCGUCUUGACAGCGCCGCCCAAAACGAUUCUGCACGCUCUUCAUGUUGACGACUGCGGAGAUGCCUAUGUUGCCAUCGCCUCUCACCCCAACGUAGCCGAAAUUGACGGCCAAGCCUUCAACAUCUCGGCUCAGAGCUACGAGACACUCGACAAGGUGGCGCAGGCCCUGGCCAAGGAGUACCAAGUCAAGGACGGUCUCAAGUACAUCGAUGAGGCGGACACGAAAGAGGAUGAGAUGUGGCCGCCAUCAAUUAUUAACUUCCCUCAGUGGACAGACUCCACGAAGUUGACUAAGCUUACUGGGUGGAAGCAUCGUCGUUCUCUGUUUACUGAGUCGAUGCACGUCUAUCUCCUGGCAUACGAGGCCACCAAGGCGGCUGGGCACGAGAACAUCCUCAAGGUUGAUAGCCUUUUGGGAGCUUGGACGAAGAACAAGGCGAGACUGAACUUGAACUCUGAGAAGAUGGGCCAAGAAGGAAGUUCAAACUCGAGAACAACCUAAGGUCGUUCCUCCACGCCGCGGGGAUGACCUUCCCGCUUCUCAUGUCAGGUUCUUAAUACCUCAGUCAGCUGAAGGACUUCAAAUUCCAUCAGAUAGUUUAGAUAUCCGGCGUGAUAAGCAAAUUUGAACUCACUUCACGACUCCAAA